UAUAUAUAUAUAUAUAUAUUUAGCAUUUGUGGUGAACAGUCAUAGUCUGUAAUUUAUGAAGACAAGACAUUUUUUGCUACAACUUUAGCAGAAAAAAUUUAUCGACACAGAAGAUGCUCAACAGAAAGAAUAAAAAUUAUUUAAGCCAGUUCAGCAAGCAGAUCAAUUUUAUUUCAUACCUUUAUCGUAUCUCUUAGAUAAAUUGCAGAAUGUGAUAUGCAAUGUCAUAAAUUAUACUUAAUCAAUCAAUGACGGAUCCAGGACAUUCUCCUAGGGAGUCCACUUAUUGCAGUGGUGUCUGCUGGAUGUUGAUUAGCUGUGAGCUUUGGUUGGGUAUUGGAUAGUGACAAUGAGUGAAGUAUUAAAGAAUUAAAAAAAUAUGUUAAAGGGGGCUGUCAAGGGGAAAUUUUUGGGAUUUUUAGAAAAAAAUUUCCUUAAAUUUUUUUAUUUUUCAAUUUUAAGUGUCAUGAACACCCUACCAUCCUACCAUACCAUUUGCAUCGGCCACUGCAAUCGAUCAUCUAUCUAUUUGGUUUGUAUUGUUUAUUCCUGUUUCCAUGCAGCAGAGGCUUGAUUAAUUUCAUCCAUAAGCUGAAAGAACCAUAUCAGUAAAAUAAUCAAAUCCUAAUACUGCCAUUAAAUACAUGAGAACAGGUGUUCAAUUUAUGACCAAGGGCCGGUGCAAUAAUCUAUUAGAACGCAGAUAGGAACAUAAAAAUUACGUCAGAAAGGAUUUCCAAUUUGUAAUGGUAGGAGGGUCCCUCACCUUCACAGAAAACAUACACGCUACAUCUCAAUCAGAAAUGUUAUUUAUCUAUUUAUUGGCAACAACGAGAAACUUUAUUGAAUUGAUCAGAAAGGAAUAAAUUUUCUUUAUUAAAAAAAAAAAGUACUCGUGAAAAUACCUUGCCAAAAAGUGUUCUACAUAAGAAAUUAAGAUUUAAAAGUACCUGGAUUUGGAAAAAAAAGACUCAUUGAAGGUCUGUUUCUGCAAUUUCAUUAACUCCAAUGGCGCUGUUCUUUGCAAGCAGCCGACCCUGUCGGACAAACUGGACAGGAACAUGGGAACGAGUAGUUCAUAACGAGUUACGUAGGUUGUCGGCCCAUAGUUGGCGGCUAGCACCUGCAAAGCAGAGGACUAUGGGGUUGGGCCUAAAAUUUCGGCCAUCUUUGGGCCAAUUAGAUUUCAUUUCUUCCCCUAUGAUUAGUCGAAAAACUGUUUUAACAGUAAGGAAAAUUUAUGCCAAAGCCUCUUAACCAACCCCUGACUAAUUUGAGGGGUUAAAAUCUGGUUCUCUACCUUCAUUUGGUGCAUCAGAGAUGUUAAAAUAGCUGAAUUUGGCUCCACAGAUUAUGAGCCAUCACCUGCACCUUUUUUUAAUAAAUCCUUUUCGUAACUAUCAAGAAGAGUGCAGAUGGGUUAAAGAGUCUUAAAACCCAUCAAAAGAAAAAAAAAUCCGGUAAACAGAAUCAUUUAUGAGGGAGAACGGACAUGUAACUUUUCUUGCUAGGGUAUUCGAUGCAAUUGAUUCUAUGGUCAUAGUAACAGCACCAAGAUGAUGUUGUUUGGGGCAUGGGAGAUGUCGUAAUUAUGAUGUUGCUGGUUCAGGUUGGAGAGAGAGCAACAUGGAACGGCCUGAUGACGAAACAAAGCAUGAAAGUAAGAUUGCAUUAGGUGAUGAGGAGAAGGUGCAAGACGGUGAAGUUGAUGGUUUGCGGGAGCCCAACGCAACAUUUCUUACUGAUUUGAAUCUCCUGAUGCUGGCUCUUUCACUAAGCUCAGUAUGCAACGAAGAUUGCAUAAAUUUGGUUGACAAAGAGAAGAAAGACAUAAAGGAUCAUGAAGCUAAUACGAGCAAGGCCUGUAUUCCCAGGUUACAUGCUAGGAAACGGGAAACUAACGACGUAAAGCUCAUGAAACGACGAACGCAAAAGGCCCAGACAAUACCCAAGGAUUUCAGGUGAGAUUUUACAGUUUUUUUUUUUUUUGUACGUUAUGUUUUUAUACAAAGGAGAACCAACCAGGUACAGUGUAACUUCAAAAGUGACAAAUGCAGCAUAUAUUUUGUCUUUCUGUCGAAAAGAAAUAUUUGAGAUGCUUGGAAUCUAACGUUAACAGUCCUUCUGGUGCU